GCACAAGACAGUAGAGGGCAGGUAGUGGAUGGGAAGGAAGUAUGGACACGAGUGUGAACGGCUGGCUCUUCAAAGCCGAGAGCGCAGAGAGAUGAGGCAGGGGGAGUUAACUUCUGAGACUCUCCGCCACAUUACAUGACGACGUCUGACCGAACGUUCGCAGGAUGGCCGCGAGUGGGUGUAAAGGACGACUUUUAUCUUUUCUGGACUACAAAACGGAAAAAUACAUAGUGGCCAAAAAUAAAAAAGUUGGGAUUUUGUACAGACUCAUCCAGUUAUUGAUCAUCGGUUACAUUUUAGGGUGGGUUUUCUUAAGCAAGAAGGGCUACCAGGAGAAAGACGAGGCCAUCCAGAGUACAGUGAUCACUAAACUGAAAGGGGUCUCAGUGACCAACACCACCGAGUCGGGUGUGCUGAUCUGGGGGCCAGAAGACUAUGUCAUCCCACCACAGGGUGAAGCCGUUCUUUUUGUCGUCACUAAUUUCCUCGAGACCCCCAAUCAGAAGCUGGGAUACUGUGCUGAGAGCCCCAAGGUGCUGGAUGGACUCUGUCAGGAAGACAAGGAUUGCGAAGAGGAAAAGCUUGUGGUGUCUGGCCAUGGAAUCAUGAGUGGACGAUGCUUACGCAGGGAUGAAAACUCAACUGGAACCUGUGAAAUCUUUGGCUGGUGUCCUGUUGAAAGGAAGUAUCAACGACAGUCGCUGCUGACGAACGCCGAAAACUUCACCAUCUACAUCAAGAAUUUCAUCCAAUUCCCCAAAUUCAAAUUUUCAAAGUCCAACAUUCUGGAGACAUCUGAUGUGUCCUACCUGAAAUGCAGAUAUGAUGAAAAGCUCCAUCCUUACUGCCCCAUCUUUCGCCUGGGAGACAUCACCGCGCGAGCAGGAUACAGUUUCACUGACAUGGCAACAUUUGGUGGCUCCAUCGGCAUCCAGAUCCAGUGGGACUGUGACCUUGACAAGGGUUACUCCGAGUGUCACCCGCAGUACCAAUUUAGCCGCCAGGACAUCGCCACCUCUAACAAGAACAUUGCAAUGGGAUUCAACUUUAGACACACUCGCUAUUAUAAAAACUCAGCAGGUGUGAGUUAUCGAUCGCUAUACAAAGUCUAUGGAAUUCGAUUUAACAUCAUGGUGAAUGGGAGGGCUGGAAUGUUCAAUAUCGUCCCUACAGCCAUCAGUCUCGGUUCAGGGUUAGCUUUAAUGGGCGCGGGAGUGUUCUUGUGCGACAUGAUCCUACUCUACAUCAUGAAGAAUGGCACCGCUUAUCGCGAGAGAAAGUUUGAAGGUUCCCAGCAGUCAGCAGGUGGAACCAGCCACGAGAAAACCAGUCUGGCAUCUUAGUACUUUAAUUUUGAUUUUGUACCGUUUUGAAUGUAUGACGAAGGUAAAACUUUUUUAAAUUAAUAUCAAGAAGUAUUCAUUAUUUCUCCUAACAAAACACAGUCAAACAUUUACUAAUAAAA